ACAUCACGUGACGAUUACGUGACAUGCGCAUUUCCACGAAGGCGGUGAUAUUGGGGAACCCCAUUCUGUACGGAACAGUGUUUAUAGACUUGGGUAAGGGUCUAUGUGUAACACUUACUACAUCGUCAUGAAAUAAGACGACAUCAUGUUGACAUGGCCGAGGAACAAGGCGCCUCUCAUACAACAACAAACCAGUAUCACAGACGACAAGGUUGACUGUGACAAGUGGAAAUGCGGGACGGUGAAAAGACACAACAUUGGGGGCCAGGUGAUAGCUGCCAAGGUAACCCUGGUUGGGAAUGUGAGCACAGGCAAGACGUCGCUGGCCCUGCGGUACUGCCGGGGAUCUAUAGACGCACAUCCAAAACCCACCGUAGCUGUUGAUUGGCUGCACCACAGCGAGAUGGUCAACAACCGCCGUGUGAACCUGCAGAUCUGGGACACUGCAGGCCAGGAGAAGUUCGAAGCCGUCAUGCCAAACUUCCUCCGCUCAUCCGCGGCGGUACUCCUCUGUUACGAUGUCACAGACGUGAGGUCCUUUAUGUCGAAGACGAAAUGGCUAGAAAUGAUCAGAGGAGAGGUUCCGGAUGCCCUGGUGGUCCUGGUGGCGACUAAAGUGGACAAGGCCGACAGGAUUAUCUCGGUACAGGACGGGGAACAGUUUGCCCGAGAAAACAGGCUACAGUACAUAGAAACAUCGGCGAAAACAGGACACAAUGUUGAUGGCCUCUUUUAUGAGAUUGCUGCACGGGUUGCAGGCAUGUGGACGAUGAACUACGCCAACGCCAACGAAUUCCACCCCAUCACCAUUGAAGAAGAUAGGAAAGCCCGGAAAAAAUGUCAGUGUUGAUCGACGUCUUGUGUAGUAUUUGUUGGGCACGCUUGGCAUCUGUGAGACAUCUCAUAAGGGAGACUAGAUCUUGAAAGAGAUCAUUAUGGCAAGGAACAUUAAUUCACAUUUAAUGCUCAUACUGUUGAUCACUGGAUUAUACUCGCCCAAACUCGAUUAUUUACAGACCACCGCCAUAUAGCUGGAAUAUUGCUGAGUGUGGCGUAAAACAACAAAGAAAUAUUGGAUAUUCUUAUUAAUGAAUGGCUUUUGUCAAGAACCCUUGACGUUUUAUGUAGUAAAAUGUUGAGUUCAGGCUCA